UUAGAUGCGUCAAAUAAAUCCCUCCUAACUUUCUCUUUCUCAUUCUCACGCCGGUCUUCCAUUCUUCUCCGUCUUCUCCUUCUCACCGUUUGACCCACCCUUCCACCCUUCUCCUCUUUCCAAGGCCCCAGAAACCCUUCAAAAACCCAGAAGAAGAGGGAUAGAGGGCGCUCUGCGCCGCUGGUUCGGUAGCCAUGUCGGAGAUCGUGUCGGACGCAUGGAAGCGCUACCUCGGGCAGCUUCAAGAACACCCUCUUAGAACGAAGGCAAUAACUUCUGGGGUUUUGGCGGGAUGCAGCGAUGCAAUUGCUCAAAAAAUCUCCGGGAUCAAGAAGCUCCAAUUGAGAAGGUUGCUUCUUGUCAUGCUCUAUGGGUUUGCCUAUGCAGGACCUUUUGGUCACUUUCUGCACAAGCUGAUGGAGAUUAUCUUCAAGGGAAAGAAAGGGAAAGAGACAGUUGCUAAGAAAGUAAUAUUGGAACAAGUGACUGCUUCACCAUGGAACAACAUGUUUUUUAUGAUGUAUUAUGGGCUGGUCAUUGAAGGAAGACCGUUUAGUUCAGUGAGGAGCAAGGUCAGGAAGGAUUAUCCAACAGUUCAGCUGACCGCAUGGAAGUUUUGGCCUAUAGUUGCUUGGGUGAACUACCAAUAUAUGCCUCUGCAGUUCCGUGUUCUUUUCCACAGCUUUGUUGCUUCAUGCUGGGGAGUGUUCCUGAAUCUAAAAGCACGCUCAGUUGCUGCUAAACAGGCAUAAUGUGCUGGUAAGAGAAUGUGAUCAGUUGGGUGCUUGCUAGCUGCUUCUCUUGCAUGCUUUGAGGGGUUCCUCAGCCUGCGUUAGCGAGAACCUUACCGUUCGCUGGUCAGAAAUGUAGGCUUGUGCUUUUUGCCAAAAAGGAACAUAAAACGCAAAAAAAAAAAGAAAAAGAAAAUCCAUGAUUGUUGCUGUGCUUUAUAAACAAUGGAAAUAAGUACAUGUUCUGUUACGACAUGAUCAUUGUGUAUUCAUCUCAGCUUAUAACAUGUGAGUUUUUAUAUUAUCUCUAUGUUGCUUUGUUCUGAAUUUAUACUCAAGUAAUCAUAAAAUGAUUGACGAGUUGCGUUUGUUUUGUUGAA